UAAUGGACUUGGCUCGAGGUCGGUGCUGUGUUUGUUAUAGCGCAUCUCGUGAGCGCCCUCCCAGUAAUCAAUCAGAAGGCUGUUGCGUCUCUCUCUUUGUUACGGCAUAGAAAGCUUGACAUCAUUCCGCUGUGGUCUACUCUGCUAGAAGCACUUCCGAAUUCGCUUUGUUUAUAUGAAUUAUAGCCUAUUGAUAGGCUACUAUUUUGCAUCGACGUCGUGGAUCCAUUUGCUGUUCAACCUGCGACAUUUCUCAAUAUCGCCUUUGAUCUUCUUCAGUUUACGCCUUGAGAAGGAGCACAAGCACAUGGUCGUUUGGCGGUGUAUGUCAUAUGCAGCCUAAAUGCUGCAUUUUGAAAACAAAGAUUCCCUAUCAAAAAAUACAUCCAACAUCUUCCACCAUGCUUGCACCAAACAUGGUGGAUGGGCUACUCUCUGGUUGUGCCAUAGCAGGAGUGUCUAUUAAGGGGCUCUUUGCCCUUCUGGUCCUGACUCUCCUACUGCCUCCAGGAGCAAUGACCAGCUCCAAACCUAUCACCUGCCACAAAACCUGUUUGUGUGCUAGCAACAUCGUCAGCUGCUCCAAGAUGAACCUGACCGGAAUCCCCAUGGCUCUGCCUCGCUACACCGCUGUGCUGGACCUUAGCUUCAACCAAAUCAGUAAACUGAAAGCUGACUGGACCCCGGUCAAGCUCAGCAAGCUGCACAGUCUCCUGCUCAGCCACAACGGCCUCACCUUUCUCUCUUCUGAGGCUUUUCUGUACGUCACAUGGCUGCGUUACCUGGAUCUGUCCUCAAACGGCCUGAAAAUUCUGGAAGAGUUCAUUUUCGAGCCGCUGGAGCACCUGGAGGUGCUGCUGCUUUACAACAACCACAUCUCCCAGAUCGACCGCACCGCCUUCUCGGGCCUCAAUAGCCUGCAGAAGCUCUACCUCAGCCAGAACCAGGUGAAACGCUUCCCCUUGGAGCUGGUUAAGGAGAGGAACCGGCUUGAGAAGCUCACACUACUGGAUGUGUCCACCAACCGGGUUAAACUCCUGCCCAUACAGGAGCUCCAGGUCCUGCCUGCCUGGAUCAAGAACGGUCUUUACUUCCACAACAAUCCGCUGCCCUGCAGCUGUGAGCUGUACAGCAUGCUGGCCCGCUGGCACCUCCAGGAGCUCAGCUCCGCCACUGACUUCAGGAACGACCACACCUGUCUACUCCCAGGCACGCAGAAGGAGAAGGUGCUUACCUUGGAGCUUAACAAGGUCCAUCUAAAUUGCAGCGCUGUGACCAUCAUAGGCGAGGAGGCCUAUCUAGAGCAGAUUUUAAACCUGGGCUGUGACACCAGGCAGAGGGAUGUGCUGAAGAGCUGGGUCUUGCCCGGCAAUGUACAGGUGUCCUCUGGGAACCAAAGUGCUCGGGUCCUCAACGACGGCAGUCUGCAGAUCGGCCCCCUCACGCUAGAGGACUCUGGGGUCUACACCUGUUACGCAGUGGGGGACUCCCUCAAUGAGACUCUGUAUGUGACUGUGGAGGUGCACAACACCACUCAGGCUGGAGGACAUGAGGGCAUGAAGACUGCUUACACCACGCUGGUGGGCUGUCUGGCCAGUGUGGUGAUGGUGCUCAUCUACCUCUACCUCACACCCUGCCGCUGCUUCUGCUGCUCAAGCCAGGGCCUGGACAAGAGGGCUCUGGGGGACAGCCUCCACUCCUCCACUGUCAGUGUUUCUCCCACCCAUGAGGACACAGGCCCAGAGGGAGGUGGAGGAGGAGGAGGGGGGGCCUUCGAUAAGCCUCCCUUCAACAGGCAUGUGGCCUUCCCGGACCCAAAGGGCCUGAUCGAGCAGAAUGGGCGACUGAGCCCAUGUGGGGAGGAGGAGGAGGAGUGGCAGGAGGAGGACAGAGGAAAGCAGGGACAGAGAAGAAAGUCAGAUGUGGAGUCUCUGAGCUCUGUGUGCUCGGACACCCCUAUUGUGGUGUGAGAGGGUGUUUCGCUUCGACUAGAAGAUCUUUCACAUCAAAACAUUUGGGGGAGGGGGGAGGAUGGGCGACUCAGCUGCCUCAGUCGGACUGUGACUUGAUUAUUAAGCAGAAAGAGACUGUCCACUUCCCAUAUGCAUCAGUUCAGUAGGGCAAAUAGCUUUACGUAGUGGUAUUACACUAUCUUGUCUUUUUUAUAAGACAAGAACUUUCAACCAAAUGAGGAUUCAUUCUCACUAAUUUAUUCUGUAGCAAUCUGUGUUCAUCAAAUGCUUCUAUGUUUUAAAAUACCAAUAUUGUUAAUGCUUUCCAGUGAUAGGGGGCACAAAAACAUUACGAGUUGUAGCUGAAUUCAUAUAACCAAUAGAAGCAGCAUUAAAAUCUAUUUAAUGCAAUAGACACAACAUUGCUCCAAUACAUCUGUGCUGCUGUGAAGCCUGGAUCACCAGGCUAAGAAUAGUUUCUGUCACUUAAUCACUAUAAGGUGGGGAAUGCUGGUGGGACAGUGUGUGCCUGGGACAGAAAGGAUAUUUGUUAGCAGCCAAGCCCAGUCCUACCAAAGGGAGUUGUUGUGACAAUCCACUGAGUACUUCUGGUUAUGGGUUCAAGUCCCUAACCAAACGGACAAAUGCCUACUGGGCGAUCGUCUCAAAAACACGGUCAGAAAUAGCAGCCAGUAGUACAGCUAAUAUGCUAGCCCACUUAGCGCCCCUGCCACAGCUGAGCAUUGGAUGUAAACACAACUCUAGCACUGGAACAACAGAUACUGUGUCAUCCUGUCAUUUACUUGUAUUGCUAAACAGACACAACUGCAUCUAGAAGAUUAAGGACGGAUGUAGGUGGUAUAAUACAAAGGUCAUUGAUAUUAUGCCAGCAAGAUGAGCUCUGGAAAAAUGGUCAACAAACAGUCAGAUGUUAAUUUUACCCAUCUGUUUAUCAAGGUGGUUUGAGCGCUUGUUUUGAAGCUGAACCUUAUGAUGUAGCUCUGCUCAGUCACCCAGUUGUAGGCUAUGGGGGUUUCUUAACGUGCUUCAUUAGAUAUGACCUUGACUGACAGCUUUUCAACCUGAGUAUCUCUGUCCCUCUUAACUUGAAAUCAGGUGCCAUUGUAAUUGAAGUACCUUGAUGGAGGCACUAACUGCGGUGCUGUUUUAGAGGGACCUCUUUGAAGACAGACUCCCACCUCUUGUGACCAUGUACUCAAACCUAUAGUAUAAGCUGAAAGGCACUUUAUUAACUCACAGUAAAGCAGUUACUGAACACAAAUAACAAAAUAUGUGCCACUAACAUUUUCAGAGAAUACUUUGUUAUGCUAUCCAUUCAGCCUACUCAGGGUCAUAUAGUUUCAUGUGUAUGCGUACUACACAUUAUCCAACUAUCACAUACUAUAUAUUAAUCAGAUGUUUAAUAUUAUGUAUCUCUACAGUAUUAAUAAUUAUGUAAAUAUGUUGCAAGAUACUGUGGGUGAGUUUUUGCAUACUAGCCAGAUAAUGUUAUAUGAGAAUAUUAUCUUAACCCAUUCUCUUGUUAUGCUUUGAAGACCCUUAAAUUGGACAAUUUUCUGGCAUUUUAUGAUUGACAUGGUCAUUUCUGGUAGACCUCUGGCUCUUCUGUUUUAAAGACUUAUCAUUUUUUCCAGGUGAAGAAAAUGUAUCAUUUUGGACCAAGCAAUGAAUUACUUCAAAUAUGCAAAGAGUAACGUGCGUAGUCUCCUAUGAUACUCAAAAAGGGAAUCAGCUGAGUAAUUGUUAUUUGUAUCUAUAUGUAAAAGUAUUGUGUCUUUGUUGUAGUCAUUUCUCGUGAUGUUCUGGGUUUACCUACUGUACAUCUCUGUUACUUACUAUAUUAAGAAUACUUCAAUGUCUCAACUCACUGCAUAUUGAUGGGUCAAGUACAAAUGCAUUAAUCUGUAAUGACAGUCUUUUGUCAGAAUCUCUCUCCUAUGCUCUCAAAUGUCUUCCUGUUCAUCCACUGUACCUGUAGCUGUCAACUGUAUUCACAACCUUAUAAAGAUACAAGACAAGAAGUGUGAUGAUGCUGUGUUUUCUAGGAAAGGGGCACUCAAGACACACAUAACAGGAAGUUGAAACAUCUCAAUAUCUGAAUUGAUGCUUCAUAACAGCACUCCUUGCGAUUUUGUGUUUUCUGUUCCUCUGUGAUGUGAGCCUGAAUAUCAGGCUUUGCUGAGCCAAAUGGCAUGCCACUCCACUGUCUUCUGUUUCUAUAAUACCCUAAUGACAUGCACUGUGGUCACUGGGGGAUGAAAUGCUAGAGCUCACAGAUCACUGAGGUGGAAACUCAGCUUGAUCGGGAAGCAGUGUGUAUUGCACUCAUCUGUCCAUUUACUUUCUUCAGGCACUGUUUGAUGCAAGCUCUUUAUUCUUCCUAUGUGCACACCAUCACGUCCCAUAUGUCAUUUACAGGUAACUCAAUAACAGGUAGACUGAAGGAAGGACCGUGUGUUUCUGUGUGCAUUUGUGUUUAUCACCAAUCUGAACUACUGUAUUCAAUGUCAUUAUGAAUGAAGUGUCAAUCUCUGCAGAAGAAAGUGUAAAUGAAGACUUCUACUAGAUUGAUCAAGAGUACUGGAGAGGGAUGUUCAAAAACCCUGUGCGUCCCAAAUGGCACCCUAUUCCUUAUAUAGUACACUACUUUGGACCAGGGUCCAUAGGGCUCUGGCCAGGGAAUAGGGUGCCAUUGGGAUGCAAUCCCUGAUUCAGUCACCUCAGAUGUCUUAUCUGAGGUGCAGCAAAACCAUCCAGGUUUUUGUAAUGAAGUGACAAGUACGAUUAAACUGGGUGAUUUAAAGCAGCAGAUGUUCUGAAUGAACAACAAUACAUUGGUAUCCCCCUCUCUGUAAAAAGGACUGGAUCAUACAGGGUUUAUAGUGGAUAGAUGCUGAGAUUACUGCACAUUAAUGAAUGCAUGAUCUUUUCACUGCAAGAGGUCUAUGGCCUUGCUGUAACAUACUGUACAAUAUGUAUUAUUGUCACAUAUAGUGGUAAAAAUUAUACAUUUCUAUCUUGUAGAUAUUCAAGCAUAGUUUAUAAUUAGAACCGUUUGAUCUGCAGAGGAAAUGUAAAAACGACCUGAAUCCAUCUAGGAUGACGUGGUUAAUGCCAGUCAGUGGCUGCUGAUGAUGAAUGAUUGGCAUGUGGUUGUGUGUGUGUGUGUGUGUGUGUGUGUGUGGACUGAAUUCAAAGAGGAUGACUCAUCCUUUCUCUGUAAGGCCCCUCCUGACUCAAUUAAAUGAAUAGCAAAAUAUAUAGUGUCUAUUUGAGUCUAGGGGUUGUUAUGCCAUCUGGUGGGCAGCAUUGUGAAUUAUUGAGCUGAACAUACAGUCUGACACCAGAGGAGAACACUCAAGUUUAUAAGGAGGAUGGGACAAUAAACAAUCUGGUUAAUCUGAAUGAAAAUCCAUUUCAAGUGUCAAACAGACAACACAUUUGAAAAACAGCAUAAUAGACUUAAUCAAUCAUUAAUCGGAUACAGGUUAACUUUGUUUUAUUUGCAUAAUUGGAACAAUUGCAUAGUAGUGGAGAUUAUUUUCAGACGGGUAUGGUGUCAGGGCACCAGCAGGGUUGUCAGUGUCAGUCUGA